ACACAGCGGGCACCGGCAGCCACCGGGCACCGGUACUGCCACCGGACCGCGCACCGACACCUCCACGGGCGGGGGCGUCAGAGAUCGGCACCCACCUCGCCUGACCUGAACUAACCUGACCUGACCCGACUCGGGCCGGGCCACCGACACAGAUCGGGGCCGGGUCACCGGAGAUCGGCACCGGACACCGGCACCCUCAGCCGACCCUCAGCAGGCCGGCGGACCCGGGACCGGCACCCCCGAGCGAUCCCCGCAGGACCGCGCUUUUGCCGGUCCCUCGCAGCGCUCUCCCGCCGGGCGGAGGCGGCAGCGGCCGGGCCCGGUGCCCGGGGCUGUGAGGGGAGCGGGCACCGCACGGAGCCAUGGCCAUCGCCGCCGUGCCCGCGGCCGAGUCCCGGCUCUGCGGCAACUGCAAAAAGGACAUUCCUGCAGUCAAUUUCAUCAUCCAUGAAAUCCACUGUAGAAGAAAUAUUGAAAUAUGCCCCUACUGCAGCGACUCCAUCCCAAAGUCUGAGAUGAAGAACCACAUUGAGUCUGAACACGUGCAGGUCACCUGCAAGUGUAGGAUGAAGAUGGAAAGCAGCCUCCUGAAGGAGCACGAGGCAUCCUCUUGCCCCCUGCGCCCCGUGCUGUGCCAGUUCUGUGACAUCCAGCUGGCCUUCAGCAAGCUCCAGGAGCACGAGCUCUACUGCGGGGCCAGGACCGAGCCCUGCGGGCGCUGCGGCCGCCACGUCCUGCUCAGGGAGCUGCCGGAGCACCCGCGGGUCUGCGGGACACGGGAGACACCGGAGAGGGCAGCCAAGGACAGCGCCACCGCGCCGGCCUCCCGGAGUGAGGGUGGAGCCACGGGGAACCGGCGGGGAGCAGGGGAUGAGCUAGAGAGACCUGAAAUCCUUCAUUCCCAGCUUGCUGAAGACUGGAAUGCUGACCUGGACUAUGUGUUGGCUCUCAGCCUGCAAAGUGAGAAUAAUCCUCACCAUAAUACUGCAGCUGACAUUCCCAGGGAUUUCUGGGAAUACGACUACACCAAAGAGCCUGAACAAUCUGCCCACCUUGGUGGAACAGACCUGUCCAACAUCUUCACCUCUGACUCUCCAGGGUCUUUUAGCACAUCAAACCACAGCAAAAUAGACAAGGAGAUGAUCAUGUUGCCCUGCGAGUUCUGUGAGGAGCUGUGUCCUGCUGAAGAUCUGAUCCUUCACCAGACAGGGUGUAACCCAGCAAGUGCCUUUGCCUCGUUCAGUAAGAGAAGUUCUUCUCCAAAUCCAUGGGAAUACAGUGGUCUGCAGGCUGGGGGGGCCAACAGCCACAGGACUGUCCCUUCAUCCCAGCCCCAAGCUGUCCAGGCAGAAGGAGACAUCAUGAUUCCAUGUGAAUUCUGUGGCAUCCAGCUGGAAGAGGAGAUUCUCUUUCAUCACCAGCACCACUGUGACCUGCGCCCUGCCAGCCCCACAGGUGACACUGCAGCUCGGGAGCUGCCAGCCCAGCCCCACGGGGACAGACGGGAAUCGCCAGAGCCAGCUCGGCGACGGAUCCGGCACCAAGGAGACGUUUCUCCUUGGCACGCAGAAGGCUCUGGGAAGCUGGGGCUGUGCCCUGCUGCAGGGACCAGGCUGAGGACGGAGGUGGCCAAGGCUGGGAGUGCAGCACUGUCCCCUCCAGGGAGAGCUGGUGACGCUCCGGCCGCGCGGGGCAAGCCCAGGAAGGGGAGUGGCAGUGAGGGGACACGGAAGGACAGGGGUGACUCUGCAGCUGGGACAGCACCCCGAGCCAGACCUGCUCAGCACUUCCAGGCAGAAACCUUCACUUCCAGCUCCUCCAGAGCUUCUCCAGCCCAGCCAAGCUCCGGCGCCGCAGGAGGAGGAAGGAGCCUGGGGCUGUCGGACGGGCGCAGCGGCCUCCGGCGCCGGAGCUCCAAGGCAAAAGGCCAGAGCCCAGCAGCCGGACACCCAGAGGAGUGAGCCAGUGCCUGUGGAAAACAUGGAGCACCCAGCCCUGCCCCCCGGCUCUGCCAGACUCUUGCAAGCAAAUUCUAACACUGAGCUUCAAUUUUUAGGCAGUGACCAUUUUCUAAAUCUCUAUUUUUAAUCUGUGAGAGCAAACUUCAGGUUUUUAAUGUCUCUGAUCGCCUCGAGCACCACCCCCAUGGCAUCAAAUUGAGUCUCACCUUGGGCCCCCACCUGAGUUCUGUGUCCGUGUGGGCUCCUUGUGCCACCCUGGGAUGGGAUUUGCACCACCCUGAGCUCUGGGUGUUGUCCUGCCCUGGAAUGCUCAGGGACAGCUGGUGACACCACCAGGGAGCAGUCAGUGCUUUGGACCUGUCCCACGCAGAGCAGGGGUGAGGGUUGGGGCUCCAAGGCUUCUCAGUGCUGCAUUUUCAAGUUUAAAGCUUUUUAAGUUUCUUGGAAUAAAAUUUCUCUGAGGAUGUCCCAAA